AUGUCGGCCCCAUCGAUCGAGACGGCCUGGGAUGCUCGCGGCUACAACGAGGAGAACUCGGACAACGACGGGACCACCGUUCACCAGUAUAUGGAAAACAGGAAGACGCACAAGGUCUUCACCAACAAGCUUGACCAGGGGCCCAAGGCGGUCAUCGAUGACCUCUUCGAGCAGGGCGUGCCCAAGAAGCCUGAAGCCUGAUGGGCUACUCCCGGGAGAAUAGGGCUCCGGAUCGAAGAUAGAAUGCAACGGGCUUUU